UGAACCUUUCGUGGAAUUUACAUUCGUGUUGUUGGAGGUGUGCGUGUCGGUGGGGUUUUCGUCGAUCUCUGUUGUAGAAAAAAAAACAUAACGUAAAUAAACCUUUCAGAAACCGGCUACUAUGGCUGAAGCGAGACUUGGUGUGGCGUUUCAAUUCCAAGUUACAGAAGAAGGAAUAAUCGUCAACUUUGACAGAAAUGCACUCAAGUUUGUUGGUCGUGCCAUUGUGAAGUCUGCAAAACGACGAGUGAAAGGCGCAAAGAAAGCGAUUUUGAAGAGAUCCUUCCCUGCAACUCCAGCGACGUGGAUCCUUCUAGUGGCUGCUCUAAGCGCUGCGAGAUAUUCAGAACACGAAACAACAGUCGGAGUUUUGGGAAAAGUCGAGCGCGGACUUCCUUGGUAAGCUUAAGUAUUUUGUAAUACAAGUGGACUUUGUCCUCUUUAGUAAUAAAGAACUUUUACCAACUCGUAAAUGAGCAGCGGCAAAUGAUAGUAACAUCGUCACUGAGGUGUAAGUUUAGAUUCUUGAAGUUAAAACAAUGUAUCUUAACUUAGGUUCUAGUUUUCGUUUUCCUUAUCACGAACAAAGCCUUAUACGACGGUAACAGGGUGCCGCUCAGAAUGAGAUCACAUUCUUAACAUUGUGAAAUACGAAAGCUCAAGCUUAACGUUUGGCCAUUAUAAAUAGGUUAUAUUGAUAUAGUGUCAUCUUCUUUAGUGUUAUUAUUUAUAUUUUCAAACUGGAAAAAUACAGUUAUCUUUUAUCGUAAACUGGUACUGCAUCAAAUAAUAAACUAAUGUUAGUGUGAACAGGCAGGUAGCACAAUUCAGAUGAGAUAAACCGACCUUGCGAUGAAUUUUCCUCGUUAAGUGUUUUUGUCACCUUACAUACUAGCUAUAAACGUGUUGUAGCCAUAUUGAUUUAAUUUGGUGUCAUUGGACUGGAUUUGAGGGUAAAUAAUAUCCGCAAAUUUGGGGGUUUGGGGAAGUGAUGCAAUAGGCAAGUUUUGUAUUCCCCGAUGGACCUGGGACGAGUUUGAUUGCGAAGCUAAUGGGGUCAACUUCUGAGCAAAAACAAACACAGGUAAAUUGCGGCUGAGUCGUUGAAAAACGAUACAAAUCAUGAAAAUAUUAAGAUUUCAAAGCUCAAACUUUACCAGUAUGAUAAAGGGAUAUCUGCUUCAAACAGCAAAACUUUGGAAAGAGCUGGUUGAAUUAACCGAGACAUGAAAAAAGCCACAACUGAAGCGAAUAGAAGAAGUAAACUUCAGCUUAAAAAUGGUAAAUUAAGCUUUUGUUUAAAAGUCAAUAUUCGAUUCCUUUUUAUUUUCAAACUUUUUAUUACUAUCAUCUGUAUUAUUAAUAAGUCUGUAUUCGCCUUCUAAUCGAGUGAAAUGAGCAUGCAUUGAUCGUUUUUCUACAUGUGGCUGAAUGUUUUUAUAAACGAUGUAAGCUAAAUGUAUAAAUAAACUUAUACCUUUCAAAUCACCUUUGUCCAUUCCGAUUUAACUUCCUUACAGUGCAAGGAAUCUUUGCAGAACUUCAGCCCCGUCAUGAUAUAUACCGUCUUUAUUCGAUUAACCACCCUGGGCGCUUAUUAAAUUUUUGGACUUUGAGAGUGGACGCUUAUUCGAGGUGGGCACUUAUUAAAUUUUCACCAUUUUCAGCAAGUGAAGCAUGUUUAUUUUGCAACAAAACAAUAAAUGCUAAUAACAAAACGCGAAGAAGUAACAAAGAAAUGUUUCUGUAAAAUACUCUGAAGAAAACUCCGUCCUCGGGGAAGUCUCUUAUUAGAACUUAUUCACUCAAGUAGGUGGAGUGGGGGUGAGUGCUUAUUUGAGUUUGAUUGGGAGGAGCAGGGGGUGGGCGCUUAUGAACUUUUUCUGCCUUUAGGAUGGGCGCUUAUUCGAGGUGGGCGCUAAUUCGAGGUUGGGUGCUUAUUCGAAUAAAUACGGUAUUUUUCCACCAAACGUACUUGUUCGGUUUAUUUCAAAUACAGAAGACUUUUCAUCCACUCCGUUAGAACAUGUCAACUGAAAAGUAGUUGUUUUACUUAAUUGCAUUUUUUUGAUAACUACCACAUUUCAAUGAAAGGCUUACUUAAAAAGUUAUAAUGAUCACUGAAAAUGGACAUUCAAAUGGCUUCAUUGUUUUUCCAUGCUUUGAGGAUUUUGAGACCAUCUUCGCAUUUUUAUUUGCAUUUUUAUUUUUUUAUUUCUAUUCGCUCGUUGUUUUUCUUGGUGACGAAGAGCUGAUCUUCCUUUUGCUGUUCGUAACAAUGAUUUCUUUAGCCUAUAAGUAAGUUUGAAGCCCAUUGAAACAUUAAACCUUUAAGAUUUUCCUCAUUUUCUGGUAACUCAGCUCCAGUUUUCUCAGUUUGUUUGUCUUCUUGCCAAGAAGUUACCCGCAUUAGCCUUGCUUUCGUGCGAAAACAAGCACUUGCCCUAGGCCUCCCGAAAAUACGAAACUUGCCUCCUGAAUCUACAUUCACACCGAGUGGGACAAACUUUUUCGUGCUUUUAGUUGUAGAACCACCUUAACUGUACAAAAAUUUAGACUCCUAGCUGUAUAAAUUUCCGUGUGAAUGGGGAGAAAAUAUUGAACGGUCCCUUGUGAAUAAAGUUUCUGGUCAAAUUUUCCAGCGGGUAAUAAAUUCCCGUGGUGCCCUCUGAAUAUAGCCUGAGAUGAGAGUUAAUGAGUGAAUCGUUGCUUAAGCUUGCUAUCCUGUGCAGGCUUACCAUCCACAUUUCCCAUUAGCGUUUUACUUUACGGUGGCAGAUUCAGACCUUCAGAUAAGGGGGAGCCUGGUCAUCCGUACCCUGAGAUAACGGGGCGUGCAGUCUCAAAACAAAUUUUUCCAGCCCUUCAGGCCUUAGUCUGGUCUGACAAUAAGGGGGAGAGGGGGCAGGUCCCCCGGGCCCCUCUCCUGGAUCUGGCACUGCUUUAUGUGGGCGUAUAUAGCUUUCCCAUCAGACUACUUAUUACAAUACAGUUGAAGGACUGCUAACGGCUACCUCUCUGCAACGGGCACUUUUUUUCAUCCUGGCACACAAAAAAUCCAUACAUUGUCUCUUUUUUAAAACCUCGCUACAACAGCCACUUUCUUCUGUUCCCAAAGUGGCUGUUAUGGAGAGGAUCAACUGUAUGUUAGCCUAACAGGUCAUUCUAGUAACUGUGGGCUAUAGGUUCUACACACCUAGUCAUCUAACAUGGUACAAAACCACCAUAUUGGAGGGCAAGAGAUGCACUGGUACAAGACAUACAAAGGAAAUUACGGUUUCUGUCCCAUUUGCAUCUCUUGCUCUCCAGCAUGGAAGUUUUGCACCACUUAAAUAACUAGCUGCAAAUGACGUAUUUCAACCACACCUUUGUCGCGUCCUGGUGUUGGCCGAGCAUUUAAGACCUCGAACUUUGGAUCUGGAGGUCCGUGUUCAAGACUUGCUGACUUUUUGACCUUUUAAAGACAUUCUGUUUUUCUUUUUAAUAUCUUAUACUUAAAAUGCACUCAUAUACAGAGGCUGGAAAAGUGAUCUAAAAUGUGUCUAAAAAUUAAUCGGUCUGUGAAUAUGUCAUGACAUACAAGUAGGCCGCCUAGUAUGGGAGAUGCUUGCUUGGGGUUAUGGACGUCUGACCCUGUGAUGGACUAGCUCCCAUCCAGAAAGGAUAUUGUAAUACUCCUAGUUAUUUCAUUCUAUGGAAACCAGAAAAGCAGUCACUUGCCUUGAAUGCAGAAUUACAAAACACCAUCUGGAGAUGUUUCAUAGUCAUAUUAAUUAAAUUUGAUGCAAUCAUCUUCUUUUUUUACAUUUUUUGAAGGAGCCACAGUUUAGACCCCAAAACAGUUAUCGCAGUUGCAGUCUUGGUGUGUGCAACAAUUCUAUGGAUGUUAAUAGGCCACAUUCAGCAGUUCAUCUUGAGAAGCUUGCUUCAGUAUAAGGCAUUUUUGUAUGAGCCAAGAGGGUAUGUAAAAUUCAGUUCCUGAUUAGACUUUAAAAAAAAUGCACGUUUAUUUGAGCGUCAAGGUAUUUAGCAUAAGAGUUACCUAUUGGGGACACUAUUUUUUUAUGUCUCCAACUGGAGACGGGACCACCAUUUUGCGUGGUCAUCUGAGCCACACGAAGGUCUAGCCACUUGCUUGUGAAGUUCUGUGAUUAAGUUAAUCAUGUCAAUAAUCAUGUCACAACUUUCAUUUAUUGUUAGAACACCAAGUCCCAAUCAUGUAAAAGAUAGAUAAUGGUAUUUGGUAAAAAAAGAAUUGUCCAGUGGAUAAUGCAGAGCUUGUCCACUCAGUGCUUUAUCUGAUGGAGAAGCUCUCCGUUGUUUACACUGCUGUGUCCUGAGAUGGCAAUUUUCAAGCCUGGUGAGAGAGUAAACCCUGGUCUACUGACUAUAGCUAUAGAGAAACAAAUCAGCUUUACAUGGUCAGGAGAGGACUCUGACUAGGGACCUUUGGAUAGUAGGGAUCUUAAGCAACAACGACUGCAACAGCGGUGAAAACGUCACUCAGAAGGUGAAUUUGCGCUGCUUCCAACUUCAUCACCCUAAUAUGCCAACUCUUUUAAUUUGUGAAAUGUUGGCAAUUUUUGCAAGAGUUGAAUAUAUUAUAAUGGACUGUAUCUAAGUUCAUAAAAAGAAAAAGGAAAUCAUUUUCUUGUGUUCACAUGCUCCAUAAAACAUGAAAUUGGGAAGUUUCACGCGUAAUGUACCAAAAAGCGUGAUGCAUGAGCAAAGUUGAUUUUUUGCUAAUCUAAACCAAUUGCCGUUUUGCCCUUCUCAUUGCCGUCGCCAUCGUCGUUGCUUGGGCUCCCCAUUGAUUGCCACUAAAAAUAUUAAAUGGUGUGGUCUCAAUAUUUAUUUUAUAGUUUAAUAAUCAAGAAAUGUUGUCUAUGGUUGUUGUCUGGGAAAUGUCAUUCUGAGAGUACAUCUGUAACAAUCUAUGGAUGUUCCACAUUUUUUUCUUCAGAAAAUGAGUGAUGUUUUCCCUGCAAAACAUGAAUCAAUAAAGAGUUGUUUUAACUGAUAAAAACUUUUACCUUUUGACUCUGUUUUAGAAAGCUGUCAGCAAAAACAAAAUGCGUACUGGUAUGUUUAUCAUUCAUCAGUUUCAUACUCUUUAAAGCUUCUAAGAGACUAUUCAAAGCAUUUUAUUGGAAUUAUUGAAACCUUUGAAAGGAUAGCUGUCAACAAAGCAGGAAUUGGACCAGAUCAGACCAAUCCCUGGAACUUACACGUACCAAUAUUAUUGAAAAAAGGUUGGGGAUAGGUAUGCCAGCUUUAAAAUGAUCUGAUAUGAUCCAGUUGUUGUCAACAGCCUGAGCAAAACUCUUUUAUACACACCAGUAGAAUUACACUGUAUGUAAUAAUUAUUUUUUAUGUAGUAGUGCAGGGCUAGUUUAAUUUGCUCCAGGAAUGGCAGGUGGCCUCUGGCAGUUUACUUUUGCCUUUGGGCAUCAGAAAAAGCUUUUAGUUGACAUUCGUACAUUUCUUUUUGUUUUUGCACCAUUCUCAUGUAGAAUUCUUCUCUGAGACAAACAUAACUAUUGUAAGGAGUUUGCUGAAUUUUGCAUUUUAAAACAAAAAUUAAAAAUGAACAAAUUUCUUCCCUUUUUCAUGGAGGCCUUUACUUCACUUUCCUGUAUUAUUUUUUAGUUUCACUAAUAUUCCAUUUGCCAUGGUUAUUGCUGCACUAUUGAUAUAUAUACCAGUAUAUCUUUAUUUUGGUUUUGUUGAUGUUUUGAUUGCAGGGUCUUGUGAAACUCCUAGGCGGCAAGAACCCAACUCUUUACAGCUAUGAAAAGUCUUUACCAUAUCUACCUGUUCCAGAUCUGGAUGCUACAAUGAAAAGGGUAGAGUAUUAAAGUCCUUUUUGCCAAAUGAUAUAUGCUUAAAUUAUUAACUCCUGCCCCUGUAAAACAUUUUGUGUGUUUUCAGUAUUUAGAAUCAGUCAGACCUGUCCUUUGUGAAGAACGUUUUAAAGAGAUGGAAAAACUAGCUGAGGAUUUUAAGGUUUGGGACUUACGUACACAAUACAAUUUGUAACUGUGCAUUUAAUAUGAACUGUUAAGUUGCAAGUGUUUUACACUUAAAUUUGUUCCCAUCAUUAUUUUGUUCUAGAAUGGGCUUGGAAAAAGAUUACAACGGUACUUAGUUUGGAAGUCAUGGUGGUCCACAAACUAUGUAAGUUAUAAUGCUGGUGUCCCCUUUAAAUAUUAUUCUUUCUUGCCUUUGUUCAAGUGACAUUUUGUAUUGUUAAUUUUGUCAUGGCUAGCUAUCAUAAUUUUUUUAUUUUGGUAUGUCUAGUAGCUGCAAAUUUAUCUGGUUGCCUUUUUUUGGGCAAGCAAGUAGUUGUUUCUUUUGUUGAGUCUGCUAUUAUAUUACAUUGUGUGAAGCUAAAUUUUUGAGCAACACCUGGCAAAGCAGGACUUAUAUUUUACAGUAGUCGUUUUUUAUGUUACUUGAACAUCAAAACUACCAAAAUGAUUCCAAGUACAAGCACCAAGAAGACAGGGCUUCUGAUGUUUCGCGCAGUCGCGGAGCCGCGAAAUUCAGGUAAAUCUGAGAAAUCCCGCGAAAUUCGGUGGAAAUCUUAUCAGAUACAUGUCUGUACUUAUUUUGAAACUUGUCUCGGCUACUGGGGUUACUUGCCGUAAACUCGCAAAUUCAUGUCAAAACUUCGUCACUGAAACGUGCAAACAACGUUCCGAAACUACCAGGCGUAGAUUAUGUUGUGAAAAACUGGGCACUAGCCAUGAUGUUAAAGGCUUUGCCUUUGGUUCAUUUCUAGAGCGUAUUGUUGUUGAAAGAGCAAAUGAUGUCCUCUGCUAGAAAAACAUUAAAAACGCUGGUCUGAUCAGCGUAAAACCAAUCGAGUUCUUGUGAAAUUUGCCCUGAAAAUAACCACAAAAUCCGCCAUUUUUUUACCGAUUGCUUUCCGGCCAAGUUUGCCCUGAAAAUUCCCGCGAAAUCGACCGAUUUUUCCGUGAUUUUGUCCCCAAAAAUCCCGCAAAAUUGACUUUUUUUCCGCGAAUUAUCAGAAGCCCUGAGAAGACCAUGAUCAUAAAGAAUUCCCACCUAGCUGACAUAUACAGUUGCUUUACAAAGUGUGUCUAUGCGAAUAUACAUGUACAUAACUGUGUGCACAUUCAUAUUAGUAGAUCAGCGAUAAAAUUACUGGAAUAACAGCAAACGUAAAAACGUCUGCUAAUUUUUGUAUGAAUAAGCAGUCACUGCAGUAUUUUGUUACACGAGAAGCAUAUUUUCCAGUUGACAUUAAAAAAUAGUGAUUUUUCAUAGUAUUAACCAUAUUGUUUUGUAGAUAAGUGAUUGGUGGCAGCAGUAUGUGUAUCUUCAGUCCAGGGAGCCACUGAUGAUUAACAGUAACUACUAUGGUGUGGUAAGCAUUUAUUUUACUACACAAACUGAUACUUCUUUUUUUGUCUGUACCUUUGAUACAUGUAGAUAAAGUGGUCAUCCUUUAAUUACCCAUAACAUAGAAUAUACACAUUACUAAAAGAACCUCUGCAAAAGAAUUUUUCUCUUGAGCACAACAUGAUUUUUUUAAGAAUUUUUUGAAACAUUCAGAUUUUCUGCCAUUUUGGCACUCAACAUGUUGUAGACUUCUCAGACUUAGAAACCUCUUUGAAACAAAGGAGCUGUGAUGCAGAUUAAGGAACUACAUGAUUGUAUGAGGUAAAUUAAGGAACAUUGUUACUUAAGAUACAAGUAAACAAGUAUGGAUUUCUAGAAAAUGGCUGUUAAAAGGUAAAACAUGCCAGUGAGAUGCAUUGCAGUCAGGUCCAACAACAGUAGUGACCCUGAGAAAGGGACAGGGAUGUUUAAAAUCUCAUUUUUCAGUUCCUUAAUUUAUGUCUCAUGACAUCACAAUUUUGUGAUCAUGGAACUGGUGCACCAGAGAAAUCGUCUAAAAAGAUAUCAUUUUGUUCAGUGCUAAUUUUUUUGAAGAGGUUCGUGACUUAAUGUGUUCUUCAGUUGACAUAAUAAAAAUUUUCAUAUUCUAGGCAAUUAGGACUUCUGUCAUUCAAUCAGGAGUCCUUUAGGGCUUUAUUCCAUGCAUUCCUUCAUUGUUUAAACAUACAAAAUGAUUUAUUGCUGUGUUGUGUUUUUUUUUUGUCAGGAUGCUGUUGAAGUCCCUUCACCAAUUCAGAGUGCUAGGGCAGCAAACACUAUCCAUGCCCUGUUCCUGUAUAGGAAACAGAUUUUAAAGGAAAAGCUUGAACCUGUAGGUGGUUAUGAUAUGGCACACCUGAUAAGUUAAUAACUGGUUUUUAACAAGAAUUUCAAUAUGUUACAGUGUAAUUGCAAUCAUGACAGAGCAAACAACAAUACCAUUAUUGAGUGGUUUGGAAUUGAGCGUAUGUAUCUUUGUGGCUUUGUAUGUUUGGAUGUUUGUUGCAGGGGCCAAUAAGGUUGACGGUACUAUGAGUUGAUAGGUAGGAACCAAUGAGAUUUUAGUAUCUUCCGACUUAGCUAACCAGGCAGCGGUUAAUUAUGUAGAUGAAAAGAGAAAUUAACCCUUAUUUAAAGUACACUCUGAAAUUUUACUUUAAAAAAUGCAGAAAAAAUAUAUUAUAAAAGUUUACAAUAAUAACUACACACAAACUUAAUUGAACAGGAGAAAGCUCUUUUGGCCAUUUUUCUUAAAAGGUUUCUAAUUUAUUGUUCUUGGUGGAAAUAUUUUUUUCAAUGUGGUAUUUAAUUCUUACUUUAAAUUUGAAACCUUUGAUGUUUGGAAGUACCUGGUUCUUUCUGCAAUCCCAUAAGGCAACUUACUUUUGCCUUCGGAUGACCAGGAGGUGUUAACCUUUACACAAAAUGAAGGUGCUGGGCCUCUUAAAUUCAUAUGUGUAGGUUUAGUGAGCAACCCUUGGAUUCCUUAAAUUUUUCUUACAACACAGCGUUGAUACUAGUAUUUUUCUGUAUUUUAUCAUAGUAAGCGAUGAUAAUAGUAGUUUUGUUACUGUCCGUUUUGCAGCAAUUUGCCAUGGGUAUCAUUCCACUUUGUUCAGAACAAUUCAGGAAAACAUUCGGCACAACAAGGAUACCGCUUAAAACCCAAGGUAACAACAAUAUUGAAACAAUAUUGUUUGUUUGGACUUGUUUUGGUUCAUAAUAAAAUCAGUUGAAUGUAACUGAAUAAAAUUAAAUGUAUGGCCAAAAAAACAUACAGUUGAUUGCAAAAGUCUUGUGCGGCCUCCUGUGCAAAAUGUGCAGUGCUGAGGAUUCACCUAUAACAUCUCACAAAAAAUUCAUAGCAUCAUCUUAAGCUUUUCAGUUUGAUCACCCAUAACAUCAAGUAAGCUCAGCCAUAACGAGUGCUGCAAGUCGCAGCCUCCCAAGUGCUAUACAGCACCACAGACACCACAGUAAUGCUUCAAUAAUAUAGCUUUACUGCAGCCUAACUCAAGUUGCAGUGGGAUCUAAAGGGCUGUGCAGCCAUCAAAGCUCUUGGCAGCAUGGUUUUGCAGUGCAGAUCUGACCUUCAAAGCUGCCAAGUGGCCGCCAUAAGGUUACAAAAUCAGCUCUGGAUGAUCUGAUAGUCUACAACUUCCUUAAGUACCAAUAACUUGGAAUGCCAGAACAGCUUUUGCCACAGAUUUUGGCUUUUAUAGAAAACUUGAUUGUACCUCCAAGAAAUAUGAGCCAGGAUGGUAUGCGUGGAAGAUCACAUGAUAAAAUAGUCCCUCAAAUUCUAUGCUUAGGGAAUAAAGAUUUCAUUUAGUUUAAUUAUGUGACUGACAAGUGAGGGAAUUUAAUUUAUGGUUAUUCUGGAGACAUUCUAGGCUGUAAUCUAUUAUUUUACUGUUUUUUUGUGUUUUGUUUUAUUCCUUGUUUGCUCUGUGUGUUGUCCCUUUAGAUCACCUCCAUCACCAUGGUUCCUCAAACCAUGCUGUCAUCUACCACCGUGGAAGAUUUUUUAGACUCCAUGGCUAUCAUCGUGGAGUGCUGUUGAAGCCUGCUGAUUUGGAGAGGUAUGGUUUAUUUACAUUUAUUUAUUACCUCUUAUUUGGUCUAACCUUUUUAGCCACCUGCUAUGAUGCCUGAUGGUAAUGACAAUGGUGCAAGGAUGAUGAUGACCAUGAUUUGUUUGUGGGUGUUAAUUAUACAUUUUUACAGUUUUUUUGCCAUCAAUGUUUGAACAUGCUUUUUUUUCAUUCCGUUAAGACAAAUUGUCAAAAUUCUUGAAGAUGAAUCAAAGCCUGUCCCAGGAGAGGAACUUCUACCAGCUCUGACCACUGCUGACAGGUUGGCAUUUUUAAUAAUAAUUAUAAUAAUGAUAAAUACAUUACUUGAUUAUCUUCUCCCCUUAUGAGGCUUUCAGUGGUAAUGAAGCAAAUGGUUCUGAUGGAACAUUAUUAACGCUACUAAGAAUCCCAACUGGUAAGAGACAAACCAGUGGGCUCUUUUACAAGCAUUGCUGAGGAUUUAAACUCAGGACUACCGAGGAACAAAUCCAGCCUUUGGUUGUGGCAGGACUUAAACUCAGGACUUCCAGCACACUAACUGCUCCGCUACACUGCACCCUUUAGUUUUCCUAACCAGAGUCUACAAAUGAAUGUACUUUUUGAAAAGUAUUAUUCUCAAAACUAGGAGUACAACAUAAAUUUUCACAUCACGUUUUGCUCAAGUCUUUAAUUUUAUUUGAACUUUUGAAUCUGUGGCCAACAAUAAUAUUGCGAUAAGGUAGUCAUUAAAAUGAAAUCUCUUCUUCAAUAUUUUAUCACAUUUAACUAUUUAUUUGUCAGUGGGGAAAAUUGAAAUGCCAUUUUCAUGGAACUGUCUUCAAAACGUCUUGAUAUAAUUUUCCUGGUAUGUUAUAAUUAUUAUAAACCUGACCCUUGCAAAUGCAAUUAUAGUCAUAUUUAUUACAAUGGUUUUGAACUCAGAAACCUUUGGGCAGAGACCAGGAGUACCUACUUCAGUAGGGGUGUAAAUAAGCAGUCUUUGGAUUGUAUUGAACAGGUAAGUAUUCUUCCUCAUAUCAGGAAUAAAAUUUAGUAAUAAUUUUUUCUGGAGAGAACAACCUUCAUGAUCGAUUCCCCCUAUAAAUUUUAAUAGGUUCUUAAUAGGUUUUCCUAUUUGUUAAUUUGAGAAGAGGAAAUUGAUAAAUUGGAAUUAAGGUAAUUCCCUUGUUAUGCAUUGCACAUCACUUAGUGUGCACAACAGUACGACUUCAAAGGUGGCAGUGAUUUUCACUGGUCGCCCAAAAAGAGGUAACUAAGGCCCCUAAUUUGUUGUCCCAAUGCUUUUAAUAGUGAUUUUUAUGACUCUAACGGGCUAAAAAGGUGUUUGUCCUGAAACUCAGUCCCCUAUCGCAAAAUGAUCAUUUGAAGCCGAAAUUGUCCCUUUGUCAUUUUGCAAUGAAACAAAGAUGGUGAUCCCCAUAUUUUUUUUUUGUGGUUUUUGUUCGUUAUUGCUUCACAAAAAUAUGCGUUAAGGGGAGAAAAUCUGGAUAGUAGAAGUUGUAUUUUUUUAGAUAUGAAUGACUUGAAUUUCCUCAUUUAGAGCCACAGAGAAGUAUGCAAUAAUGUUAAAACUGUUCAUUUCUCUUUAUUUUUUCAAGACCGGGUUAUUUGAAGUCACUUAACUGAAAAUAUAUAGCCCAGUCCCCAGUUGUUUGAAAGGUUGAUAAAUGUCUAUCCAGUGUAUAGUGCAAUUGGUUUCCCAAACACUUAUCUACUGGAUAGUGAUUCAUCCAGUGGAUAGCACUAUCCAACAUUUGAACAACCGGGGCCAGAAAAGGUUUUUAGUAAAAUUCUUAAUUUCUCCUACAUGAUAAGAAUUUUUGUUGGUUGUUCAAGUUUUGAGCAUUUGGCACACAACUAGGAAAAAACACUCAGAAUUAUGGGCACACACUGGGCAACAACAAGCACGGUGACUGUAUAUUUUCGUUUCAGGUUUUGAAUGUCCUAUAUGUGGCUGACAUUCGUGCCAAGUUUGAAUGAUCUGGAUAGUACAUCCUUUUCAAGGGAAUUGCCUUAAAAGACAAUUUUUUUUAACAUGUUUAUUAGGCAUAAACCAGCAUGAGCGACCCUGCUGUAGACAUCAUCUAUUUACGUCUUUGCAUGGUAGUUAAAGUUGUGUUCAUGAGAAAAGGAGAAAUAUAUUUGGUUAAUGGUUUUUGACAACAUUUUUUUCUGCCUUUACAGGCUGCAUUUUUCCUCAAUUUGGAGGACUUGGAGAUGAAUUAUGGCGAGGUAAUGAAGUAAACAAUUAGCAAUCUAUAUUAUCGUCCAUAUGAAUUUGGAAAAAAAAUGAAUUCCACUGUCCUUAGUUUGUAGUAGUGGGUCUCACAUUAAAAUUGGCAUUUUUGAGAAGUGUUCAGCCUGUUAUCUUUUUUGUUCUUAACUUUAAGGUUGGUAUACACUAGGUGACAAGUUGCAGCAAUAUGUCACACUGCCACGUCACAGCGACAAAUCACUUUGUUUGUACUGGACAAUUUUUAUGAAAAUCUUUGUCUCCCCAACAGAAUUUUGUUGCAGCAACAUGUCACAAAAAAUCAAAUACCCUUUGUGCAACUUGUUGGAGCGAUAAAAUUCUGCUGCAGAGACAAAGAUUUUCACAAAAAUUCUCCAGUACACACAAAGCGAUUUGUCGCUGUGAUGUGCCACUGCAAAGUGUUGCUGCAACUAGUCGCCCAACCUGUACACACAGAGUGAUCUGUAGCCACGACUUGUUGCUGCAACUUGUCAUCUAGUGGGUUACAAUGCUUAGGCGACAUUGGGAAAUCUUUGUCACUAAGCAGUCAUUGUGUCAUCUGGAAGUAAUUUCUUUCCUUACGUUAAAUUGACAAGAUUAAAUAAAAUGGACCUGAAGAUGUGCAAGCUUCACCGUUUUGUUAAUAUGAAGUGCUUGUUAAGCCAAUGUCAGGCUGCUUUUGUCAGGCUUAGUGCGUAUCGUUAGUUUAAGGUUUCAUUGGUGUCAGUCAUUCCUUAUGCAAUAACUUUUUUUUACAUUAUUACCAACCUUAAAGCAAUGGAGUGCUGAAGUGUAAUAUUGUAAAGUUAGGUACAGAAGAAGGGGAAAAAUCCACUCCAAGUUAAAAUUCAAGAUGUCAGGGAUGUCAAAUUUGACAUUAGUGUUGUUGGUUCUUAAGUUCACGGUCUUGUUAUUUUGAAACUACAGGAGGAAUCAGAAGAUAUGGAUACUCUUUGUCGAUAUCUGAUUCAUGGCAAUGGCCACAGUUGUUGGUUUGAUAAAUCUUUUUCUACGUACAUUUUCAAGAAUGGCAGGGUAAGAUAUUGUUGUCUGCAUUUUUGUACUGAAUAUUUGUUUUGGUUGUUUGUGUUUUUUCUCAUCCUUGUGGCUUGGUAAAUAUCCUUUACUCUUUAUACAAAUUCAAAAUAUUUUAUUUUUCCAAUUGGCUUAAACCCCCUAGUUCAUUUACCCAACAUAACGACAUAGCAACCAUCUCCAACUAAAUUAAUAGACCUUUUUACCGAUACGGCGGCCAUAUUGAAUCAAUUAGAUUUAAGGAGUAUUAUAGGAUGCCCAGGAGGCAUGAUCACAAUCCAAUAUACUCGCUCUGUAUUUACGCACGCUUUCCGGGCCAAUUUUUCUUCACGUUUUCCUAGAAAACGAUUGUAAUGGGAAAAAAAGAUCGUUGUGUUGUGUUCAGAUGUAAUAAUGAUCGCAUUUUCCCCAAGAAAUAUACAAUGAUGUUCUCUUUUUGCCCACUGGUCAUACCAUAAUACUCCUUAAAUCUAAUAAAUUCAAUAUGGCCGCCGCAUCGGUAAAAUGGUCUAUUGGAGGCUUCAUGUUAUUAAUAUUUGUCAAUUGUUCUUUAUCCAUCAAGUUAAUAUAAUUAUUAAAUCCUCAUUCCUGUAUGUCAUUGUACAGUAGAACCCCGGUAACUCGAACAGUGAAGGGAAAUGAAAAACAGUUUGAGUUAUCAGGGUAAAUUGCAGUGAAAUUUUGAUCAAGGGAAAGGAAAUGUAGUUCGAGUCAGCAGGGAAUUCUAGUUAUCCGAGUUCGGGUUAUCGAGGUUCUACUGUAUCUUACUUUUUAAACAUUUUUGGUAAUGUUUAUUUUUUUUUCUGUUAAUCCACAGUUUGGCCUAACUGCUGAGCAUUCAUGGUAUGAAAGCAAUAAACUUUUUAACUUUCUGUAAUUUUGAAUAAACGAACUAGCAAAACAUACAUAGAGUGAGGUGGGAAAGCAUUGAGGCGUCUGCAGAUAGGAACUUUUUAGCCUGCAUAGCAAGUGUUAAAGGUGGUGGGGGCGGGGGGGGAGGGGGGUUAAGAAAGAAAAGAAGGAGGGAGAAAAAAAGCAUUCUCUUUCUUACAAUCCCCCCUCUACCGUUAUAAAUCGUUAAAAUCAUGAAAAAUUGAUAAUAUCGAUUUGACACAGCAAGUUUGUUCAUCGAUUUUCACUGAUUUUCGUUAUCAAUCAAUAAAAUUCACUUGAUUACUACCGUUUUUAUUGAUACCCUGGGAGAUAGCCCAAGCUCUGUGAGCUAUGUCUGUUGUCCUUUGUAAUGUCACGUUACCAUAAUUGAGUCUUGUACUGGUUUGGGGCCACCGUGAAGGCUAAUUUCUUGAGGUUUCAGCUCCAGUAGCUGUUUCCUAUAUACAUACCUUGCCAAGGUUGGUGGGUUAAGCUCGUGAAGUUCAUAAUUUUCCCCUGAAAUUUCAUAUUUUCCCCCAUACUGGCCCUUACAUUUUCACUAUUACGCAACGUUCUGACCACGCUCAACCUGUUUGACAUUGCCAAGUUCAACAGACGUAUCUCAAAAAGCUUGGGCGACCUGUGAUGACUCUGGGCCUGAAUGGAACACAAAAUUUCCUUGUAGGGAAGCUAACAAUAUCAUGAUGUUAUUUAGUCAUAAACUAUAAACCUGCCCUAAUACAUCCAUGCUUUUGAACUGUUCUGUUUGCAGGGCAGAUGCUCCAAUUAUUUCACAUCUUGGAGAGACAGUUUUAGUUGAAGAUUUUCACUUUUUGGGGUAUGUUAUUUACGUGAUAAGAAAAGGUGUGACUAAUUCUUAAGAUCAGUUUCUUAAAAGAAUAAAUAAUUCCGUUUUUUACCCUCGGCAGUAUUUAUAGCACUAAUGCUAGUGGGGCCGAGCAAAUGCAUGAAACAAGUAUUUAUUUUUAUUUGCUGCGGAUAAUUCUUAGCUUUAAGAGCACUACCGAUGUUUUCUUUUGUUAUUAACAAUAGUAACAUUGUUAUGUUUCAGUUACAAAGAGGAUGGUCACUGCAAGGGUGAGCCAGAGUUUGUUUUGCCCCCACCACCAAGAUUGCAGUGGGAUAUUCCUGAAAAGGUAAUCAUUAUAUACCCCACUCCAUAAGCUACACAAAUGUAUAUAGGUGUGUGCCACCCCAGAGCCUGAGGGUUUAGAUGUUUAGCCCUUUGGUAAGAUAUCGGGUAUGGUUUCCAAGGGAAUCACGUGAAGGGAAAAAAAAAAUUUGUGCUUGGAACAAUGUUCCGUGUCAAAAUACAUGUACUAAAUAGUAUAAAGAAUGCAGAAAGAAUAUGUUGACUUCACUUGGAAAAGGUAAUGGUUCACAGACAGAACACUGCUUUCAGCUGCCAGGGCUGUAAAAUGACCACGAUUUUUAGGGCAUACACAUGCAGUUGUUUUUUUUGCUCAGUUGCUAACCAGUCAAGUAGUAAAAUUGUGGAGGAUGCAGGUUGUUCUUUCUUCAUGCUCAAUCGCAUGAUGAAUUACUUUAUUUAUUUUGAAUCGUUUUAUUUGUUUUGUUGUUUCUUAGUGUGUAUCAAUAAUCGAGACUUGUCAGAAGAAUGCAGAAAAACUCAUCAGUGACCUUGAUCUUCAUGUCUUGGCACACACCGCCUUCGGUAGGUUGCCCUUUCCGCUAUAAUGUGAAGACUUACCCAUAACUUAUUGAUAGUCAAAUUUAUUGCGUUUGACGUAAGCAGAUGUAGUUCUAGUUUGGCGGACUUUGUUGGGUUGCCUGUUUAUCACGACAUUGAUAAUUCCUGAUUGAUCGUUGACAGCCGUUUGACCACCCCUCCCUCUCGUGCUCAUGUUUUGCACGGACAGGUCAAGUACAGCCCUCUUAUUGAUAACGCCUCAACUUCUAUUUCAGGAAAGGGAGCCAUCAAGAAGAUGAAAGUCAGGUAAAUGUCUUUGUUAUUUACAUAUAUUCCCUUUAGCCCCUGAUAGGAAAAUUGUGAUGGAACCUCUACUUAGCCAACAAGCAUGUCUCUAAAGGCUCUUUUUACUGCGAUUAAAAAAAUCGCGCAGGUGAACCAUAGGAUGGCUAUGAAAGGCCAGAAAGGGAUAAUUACUGCGGGAAACAAAAGUGAGUAGAGAGCUUAAGAUUCAAGGACGGCGACGAUUUAAUUUUAAGUUUUCUCGCCUAUUCUCCAAAAAUAGACACUUCAGCACCAAAGUUAGCACGCUUAUUUCCGUUGAAGGCAGGAGGUGAAGCCCUCUCCCGAUCGCUAAAUGAUAAAAUUCCUAACAUUAUUUUUGAUAACUUGUUAAAACUCGUGGUAGACUGACGACGGCUACCACAUUUUCCCGCCAAAAUGUCGUUGGUUCGCGCCCGUGCACUACUUAGUUUUGAGAAAAUGUCGUACUCGUCUUGUAAUCUAAAGCUCCGUAAUGUGAGAAUUCUCGCGGGAAAUUGUUUUUCUCGCGGUGUGUGUAUCCAUGAUUAACGUUUAAACGUUUCCUCUGCAGUCCAGAUGCAUUUAUACAGAUGGGUCUUCAACUGUCUUACUUCAAGGUUUGUGGAUCUUGCCAUGUUUUAUGUAACAAGUCAAACACGUUGAUAAUUUAUGCCAAAGAUUGCGUUUCACUGAUUCUCGCGCUACGCGAUUCUCGUGGCGCUGGAAACGAGACACGACUGGUAAAUACUUUUGAGCAGUAUUGUAUUAUACCGCAUCCGGACACUGAGAAUUGAAGGGAAUUUAAAUGAAGAACAACAGAAAAGCCUGUGCUUUCGCGCGCUGCUCGCUCGUGACCUCUCGUGAAACACUUUGGCGAGUGUGUAUAGCUGGUCAGAUGAUCAGAAUUCUUGAGGAAAUUCACGGUUAAAGUUCGCAAGAUUUGAUAGUAAUCAGGAUCUGAUGUCCAAACCUUCUUUAUGGUAGUGAUUUCCUUUGUUUUUCUCUCAUGAGUUAUUAGAGUUUUUGGAAAGACUCGUGUGGUAACGGGUUGUGAAAAAAUUCUACGUUAGGGUGUGAUCUGACUACAACUUGAAUCAUGUUACUGGAAAUUUGUGACUUAUUGUUGUUCAUAAUAUCUUAUCUAGGACCAAGAGCAUUUCAGCUUGUCCUAUGAGUCUUCUAUGACAAGGCUUUUUAGGUAAGUAGAAACAUGAUUUCUUUGAAGGUACUUAUCAGGGUAUAAAAGUUUUUAUCUUUAAUAGAAAGUCAACCACAGACAGAAAUCAUGAGUACCUUAACCAUGACAGAUGUGAACAUUAAGGUGCUUAUUAUACAAAGCUGUGAUUAAAUGCAUGCACGUUCAAAUAACGAAAUGCGGGAAAAUAUAACCCAUUGGCUAAGGAGAUAAAUAACAUUAUUUUGCAUUGUACUCACUAUCUGCUAAAAAGGCUAUAACUUAGAACUAAAUAUUGUUAGAUAAUAAACUGAAUUGAAUUUCAUUGAAUUGAAUCUGUCUUCUCAUUGGCUAAGAGCCUACCGUUAAUUUUGGAAAUCAGCGCAACCAACAAAUUGUCAAACGUAAACGUAAUGUCAAACUCACAGGGUGGCGAGAGGCAUCUUUGCACUGAGCUAUAAAAACGUAGGACGGUGUGUUGGUCGUUAUUUUCUUCAAAAACAAUUAUUAGAUUCGGGUUUUGUGACACCCAGAAUGAUCAAGGUCUCGGCAAGUGUUAUCACAGGCAGACCACCCUUUCAGUGUGCUUAUCAGAUGUCAUGGUUUGUUUCAGAGAGGGACGUACAGAGACUGUGAGGCCCCUCACAAUGGAGGCCUGUGCUUUUGUCAGGUCAAUGCGUAACCCAGCGGCAACAGUAUGUAAUUUCUCUUCUAUUUUUAUCAGCCUGUUUGAAUCAAAACCGGUUUUAGCCAGUUGAUUGGAAGAAAGAACGGGGCACCCGACGAAGACACGCGUGUCUCCCUCGCUCGCCCCGUUCUUUCUAGCGCCCAUUACUUCCAAGCGCCAGUUGAGGUUGCCAGUAAAACACUUUUUGAAUCGUGCAGUCGGGCUAAAAUACGGUUUACUGUUUUUUGUUUCUUUAUAGCUUCGCCAACUGCAAUGAUCUUGGUCAUACAUGUACUGAGGCGUUUUUUUUUUUCUGUGGCAGAAAUCUGAGAGGAAGGAGUUGUUUAUCAAGGCAGCGGAGGGACAUGUCAAUAACUUCAAAAGGGCGAUGUCUGGAGAAGGUAAUUUUGAACCUGAGCGUUUCACUCUUGAAAGGGUAAAUGAAAUGUCGUUCUCUAUAAACAGUCAAGGUUCAAUGACACUGAUGAACCGGCUAUGCCUUUUGAUUCAUUACAGGUGUUGAUCGUCAUUUGUUCGGCCUGUACGUUGUUUCUAAGUACUUGGAAGAAGAUUCGCCGUUUCUUAAGGAGGUAGGUAUGCUCUUUUGAAACCACGUCGCCAUGAAGCUAUUUACUAAAAUCGCUUUUUUUUCGUGUGUUUUUCAGGCUCUCAAAGAACCAUGGAAACUAUCAACAAGUCAAGUAUGUUAUUUUUUAAAAUGAGUAGGCAGCGUGGCCGCGUGGCCGAUCGAUUAGAGCGCUGGACUUAUAAUUUGGAGGCUUCGAGUUCAAGUUCCGCCCUGACCAUUAGAUGGAUUCGUUCUCGGUAGUCCCGAGUUCAAAUCCUCGGUCACAUUUGUAAAAUAGCCGUGGUUUGCCUCCGUGAGGAUAUUUACACGGGCGAUUUUACCGAGAGAUCUCUGGCGCUACAAGAUCUGCGACCUGCGGCUAAGCGCGUGUGUAAACAGUCAGCGAUUGUAGCGCGAUUUACUGGGGUUAAGUCGCCGAAAAUUUGACGAUGACUAAAAUUUAAGGCAAAUUCGCAGUUAUUUUAAAAUAAGUAACGAUUUAGAGGUAGCACAUCCACUUAGUGGUUCUUCGUCUAUCUGAUUCCUGGUCGAACUGAAAUAGUCCACUUUAUAGAUACACUGAGGUGGAAACGAGGCUGGAGUUGAACUUGUUUUGAUGCAACCCUUCCUGCUACCCAUGAGUCAUUUCAUAGGUAAGGUCAACUGAGGUGAUACAACUCAGUUUGACUCUGAAGAUGACUACCGCACAGGUUGUCGAAACGUCAGUCACUGUCAACAACAACAGUCCUAUUCAGGACUACAUUCCCACGGGACGGUCAUGCAAAUCAUGUUGUUCUUAUGCUAGCUUGCAAUAUUCGUAAAAUCGUGUGCGUGAGAAAACGCGCAACAAAAUUGCCGGGUUAAAAAGGCCCUUAAGCAGGUAACCACGCUUUCUUCUUUGUUUUAAGACUGCUACUCAACAAACAAAGAGAAUAGACUACGACAAGAAUCCAGCGAUCAAAAACAGACUGAAAACAGCUGGGGGAGGAUUUGGACCGGUAAGAUACUAGUAGCUGCUCUUGAUUUUCGAGUGUUCCGUUUUCUCUCAAGCGAUACACUGGAGCUAUUUCGAGAAAGGCUGUGGAAAAAGUGCACGCAACAAUCCCGAAAGGUAUUGUGGGUGGUUUUGAGUGCACUGUUUUUCAAAGAAAUUUGAAACAAUAGCUCAAGAGGCCAUGGAUUGUUUGCGAGUGCUAAAGGAAAGUAACAAAAGUAGGUGACAGCUAUCCCAUAUUACCUUUCGGGAUUGUCGCGUGCACAUAUUUUCCGACAACCUUUCUCGAAAUAGCUGUAUACAAGGCAAAGGAGUUUUGACUGAACAACUGUCGGUCAAGCUAAAGUGGUUUUUACUUUUUUGGCAUAUAAAAACAUUUCUCGUAGUAAUGUAUGAUCAUACGCAGUUGUUAACAUUUUCUUACAAGAUAUAUAUGAUAACUGAUCGAACAUACAAGUAUUCUUGGUUUGCAACCACGUGACAAGGCGGCCAUGUUGGGGGUCAAUACAAUAGGUCAUUUCCGAGUUUCUCCGGGCCUCUGUAUCAAAACGAGGUUAAGUGCUCAGCCUUUGAUAGGGAAAGGAUUUUUCAUUCUCAUGCAAAUAAAACUCAUUUUCACAAGAAAGGUUGUGCACUUGGCCUCUUUCUGAAAGUGAGGGGUUUUGGAACUCGGAAAUGGCCUAUAGAAUUUUUUCUCGAAGAAUUUACAUGAAAAUAAGGUUUAGUUCCCAGAUGAGAGAAAGGCUUUUGUUCUUGACCACCAACAUGGCCGCUGUGACGUCACGUGCAAACCAGCAAUAGGAAACGAUCUCUGUGAUGCAAGUUCACCUCUUAGGGGCGAAAGGCACUUCUCUGUGAUCAGAAUAAGUAAAGUGAUUUUUACGUGAGUUGUUUAGGUGAGAUGUUAGGGACUUUAGGCAACGACUACGGAAGGGUCUGGUACGGUGACCGCAAGUAUUUUUUCCCGCCACGCGUCAGUGCCUCAAGUUCAGGGUACCACGACGGUGGUCAAAACGUCGCUGUUUAAUAAAAAGUCAAUUCCCUUUUUUUCAAACUUUCUCGCGAUUAUUUCAAGUCUCUUAUUUUGUCAAAUGUAGAUAAACUCAUAGAGGGAAAAAGUUCGUCUUGGUUUGGUUACGUCCUCAAUAAAACGUGAAAUUAGGCAUUUUCACGUCGUGGUCGUGCAGGGAUGGCAAAGAAAUGUUCAUUAAACAAUAAGAUACACGUGCAAAGUUGUUGAUUUGCUAAUUAAACUUAUUGACUGGCCUUACUACGCUUCGCGAAUACGUAGAAGGUCAUGGCUGGCCGUAGUGUCUAGUACGUUAAGUAUAUAUUAGUUGUAUGUUACGUGCCUAGAACGCCAGUGUACAUUUGAAACAGAAUCGCAAGAUAUACGCAUUUAUCCUUUUUUGGUCUCCCUUGGAAAUUUCCGAAGGCUCAUUUUUCGAUUAUGAGCCCCAAAUUUCGUUGUCGAGCACGACACUCAAGUGAAAAUUAAAGCCAAGUACGCAAAAUACAGUUGACGGGAAAGGAUAAAGAGGAUAUUUCAUAAGGGAGAUCAUCUCACCAAGUGGUGUGAAUAAGACUGAUGAAAUAAAAGCAAGCCCUGAAUUUGCCCAUGCAUCGCUCUCUUUUAUGAAUGUUCUUCUUAACAUUUCCUUACGGUGGGGCGUCACAGCACGGCUUCAACCUCAGGAGAGUUCGCCAACUUUGACAAAGUUAGUUAGCCGGUUGGAAUAAUCGCGAUAAAGAAUAAAAGAAGGCGAAUACACUUCUAAGCGACGUUUUCACCGCUGUGGCCGUCGUGGAAUCUUAAACUCCCUGACUUGAGGCAUCGACAGAUGGCAGGAUAAAAAUUGCUCCGGUCACCGUACUAGAACCCUCCGUAGUCUUUGCUUAAAGUCCCUGUUAUCGGUAGGACUGAUUCAGGUAACCUAAACAAAUUGCUUACAAAGCGCUUUGAGAUGCACGGCACGCAUAAAUCCCAUAACUGUGCAUCUGAUCAGUCCGGGCCAUAGACAGUUUUGUUUAAAUGAUUUCCGGCGAUGUGAUUGGUCCGCAUGAAACCAAAACAAACUCAUUUGGCCGAGAGGGGCUGGCCCAAACAAUGUGUUCGAGAUGGUUUAGUUCGGCGGCCAUGUUGCAAUGCGAAGAUAUAACAGUGAAAGAGUGACACGAAAUUACGCGAAAGAUAAGAUUUUAUUUAUUAAUUUUCACAUGUUAAAUCACAAUGUGGUCUGCUGAUGGUAGGUGAAAUCUUGUCUCUUUUCAGGUCGCCGAUGAUGGCUAUGGGGUAUCUUACAUCAUUGCUGGUGAAGACACUAUCUUUUUCCAUAUCACCGCCAAGGUUUCAUCUACCAAAACUGUAAGUAAUGUUUCCAACCUGAGUAACAAGUUUAAAGACCUUAUUGCAGUCAAACCUCUAUAAAGCGGUCGCCGAUGGCGAAUGGCUUAGUUACAGACCGUUAACUACAGAUUUGACAAACCUAAAAGUUAUUCAAGGAAAUGAAGAUGGUGAAAUAGCGAAAUAUCUAUCGCACAUCAAACAUAUUUCUUUGCAAAAGAACCCAGAAACAUGAUGUCAUCCCUAAGGGAGCUGUGUCAAAAGUUUAUCAAAAUUCUAACAGCAAGAACUGCUGCCAAAUUAAGUAAACCAUAGAAAUAAUCGCUCAAAGCAUUAAAAGAAGGUAUAAUUAAGAAUUAGUAAAAUCCAGCUAGUGAUGUAUUAUCAAUGCUGCGUUCUGAUUGGUUGAGCUACUACUAGGCUAUAUGUUAUAGCCCCCUAGUAGCGAAAAGCGCGGGCUUUUUAGCGGCAAACAAGGAUUAACGUUUACUAGCUAAAUUUUUUUUAUUCUCGAUAUUUUUGACCAACUAGUUGGAUUUUACUAAAACAAUUAUCUCUCUCGCCCUCAUGGUCUCUGAGUCAAUAGCCCACUCGGCCUUAUUACCGGAUUUGAAAUUCUGGAUUUUUGGAAACUUGUUAGCCUAACAGUUUUUCAAAGUUCAUUUUUUUGUUGGUAACGUUUGAUAUGAUUCUUGGGUGGUAAAUUUGUGGGACAAGAAGCUGUGAUUUAGUCGUUUACUUGCCAUUUGUUCGCUAAAGUUAAGUUCCAUCGCGCAUUAGAGACGCGUAAUUGGCAAUAUUAACAAAAGGUUUAAAGACUUGUUUAUAGUGGAAAGUGCACUUAGCUUAUCCAGCUAGUUUACAGGCACUCCACUCAAAUACUUAGAAACAAAUAAUUCCAAUACAACAUAACAGGAUUAAAAGCCUUAACAGGCAGGAGGCAACCAGUUAGUUAUUUACAAGUGUGGCAGAGGAUUUGAACUCGGGACGACCGAGAGCAAUCGAGCAAGGGGCCAGAGUGGGACUAGAACCCGAAACCACUGGAUUGCGAGUCCGACGCGCUGACCACUCGGCCACGCUGACUCCUCAAUGAACUAGAAAACCGUGUCACAGCCCCUUUAAAUCUCCAAACACAUUGGUACACUAUUAGAGUUUAAAUCAGUUUUGCCCUCCUUGAUUGUAUACGUUGUUUGUGAUGUAACGGCGUUCUUUAUGUUUUAAUAGGAUUGUAAGCGUUUCUCCAAGACCGUCCAGGAAAGCUUCGCAGAAAUAAAGGCCUUGUUCGACGAAUAAACAACUCCAGGUUUCUUCCUGUUAAGUCGCGUUGCCGGUGUACGAGAGAAAGAAGAUAAUGCUUUCAUAUUUUGAGGAUAGUUUUGAAAAGUUAUUUUUUACUGGAAAUAAUAUAUAGUAUAAUCAGUCUCCACCCACUCCACCCCACCCCACCCCACCUAUCCAACCCUCAAACUCUUCUGAAGUGAAGCGUAAAUUAAGUAACUGUUCUUAGUGUUAGUACCUUAAACACCCCCUCAAUCCCCAUCCCCACCUCCACCACUCCACCAUUUGACUGCUUUAACACUCCAACUGAGAUGAAAAUAUGCAAUUCCUACCUCUUAAAGAGAUACGGCGAGCAUUCUGUGAGUCCCCCGGGGGUUUUCAGCAAAAGUAGGGACUUAACCAUCCGACGAUGCGAUGGCAGCGAAAACGUCGCUUAAAAAGUGAAUUGACGUUCUUGCUGUCUUUAUCGCGCUUACUCCUACCCAUUUACUUUAUCAAAAGUAGGCUAAACCUCCUGCAGUUGAAUUCCUAGGAUCCCUAUUCAAGUUCAGAAAGAGAAAUAAAUUUCGUCGUCGCUUGUUUUGCUCGUGCAAAGUUGUUGUUUUGCCUUCUAAACCUACU